CAGCCAUCUUCUUUUUACCCACCCAGCGUCGCAUUCCAUCAUUCUCAGUCUCUCUCAGGUGCUUCUAACAACAGCAAUACAGCAUCGCCCACUGCCGAUGCCUACUCAGAUAUGUACUACACUGGCUCGGCUAACCAGCCCAAGAGGUCUCAGACCCAUCAUGACUCGAAUUCUACAUCGCGCGCAGGUCGAUCGCCUUUGCGUGGCGGCAGCACCACAGGAACCUUGCUGGACUCCUACUCGCAGCAAUCCCAAUACUCGCCUACAACCGCAGCCUCUUCUUAUCCAUAUGGAGGCACUUCUGAUCCUCAGAGGAUCCUUCCUUCUUCAGCUUACCAUUCGCACUCUCGCACUCAUUCCCAGGUCAAAGCAGAAACAUCCACUCCACCAAUGCCAGUAGCGUCACCGUACACUCCUCAAAACGCAUUACAGCCGCCUUCUGCCUAUCC